AUCAACCCGCAAAACCUCCGUCUCUCCUUACCUAUCCACAACUCUUAAAGUCUAACCGUCUCUCCAUGGUACUACAGCGCUACACAACAGAUUAAUCUUCAGACCACUCUGACACUGAGACUUCAUCAUACAAAUGGGGUCUGGUUCAUCGAAGAAUCCCGACAGCUCCUCCCAUGGCAGCGAGGAGCGCGAAGACCAAGGCGGCGGCCAGCUCUACGUCUCUCUUAAAAUGGAGAAUUUCAACCUCAAGCUCAAAGCUGAGCUCAUCCCCCACGUCUUCGGCUCCGUCCCUCUCGUCGGCUCCUGGGACUCCUCCAAAGCCCUUCCGAUGGAGCGCGAAUCGACCUCCAUGUGGGAAUUGAGCUUCGUUGUCCCGCCCAAUCACGAGACGUUGGAUUUUAAGUUCCUGUUGAAGCCGAAGAAUAAUUACGGGCCGUGUUUAGUGGAGGAAGGUGCAAACCGAGUGUUGACUGGGGGUACAUUGCAAGGGGAUGGCCGGUCGGCAUUGUUUAAGUUGAAUGAAGAAGAGGUUAUUGAAUACAAAGUUUACAUUAAGGCUGAUAGAGUCUCGCCAUUUGAUCUUGCGGCCAGUUGGAGAGCUUUUCAGGAGAAUCGCAAGCCUUCCACUGUUAGGGGGAUACCAGAUGUUAGUAUCAAUUCCAGUACGGAGCUCGGCAAUGAGCAUGGAUCUUCAGCAACUCUAGAACUUGAUCUCGAGCAUUAUGUUGUUCCAGCUCCGGCAACAUCUGCAAACUCUGCCCUUGUUUAUGCUGCAAACCUGACAGAGACUCCCAGGUCAUUGAAAGGUACUGGAGUAUUUUCUCGCACUGAUGGUGCUAACAGUGGUUUGCAUUCAUACAAAGAUGGUCGUGUUUCAAAUGAUCGGCCUGCAACAAUAAAGGAGAUGGAAGUGAUUGUCCCUGAUCCAACUAAAGUUGCUUCAUGUUCUGGCGCGGCCGAGUCAAAAUCUGUGGGAACACUAGUUUCUUUGCAAAAGCAAGAUAGUCACAGAGGUCUUUUUGUGGAUAGGGGUGUGGGGUCACCCAGACUAGUUAAAUCACCUAGUUCAACCACAUUCACUUUUGACCUCAAGCUUGAUUCAGAAACCAAGAAUCCAAUGCCAGCUGCUGCAGGAGCUGUUGCAGCUGCAGCAGUAGCUGAUCAGAUGCUUGGGCCUAAGGAGGACAGACAUCUAGCAAUAGUCCUGGUUGGUUUGCCAGCUCGAGGCAAAACUUUUACUGCAGCUAAACUUACUAGAUAUCUUCGUUGGUUAGGGCAUGACACCAAGCACUUCAAUGUUGGGAAGUACCGUCGUCUCAAACAUGGAACCAAUCAGUGUGCUGAUUUCUUCAGAGGUGAUAAUCCUGAAGGCUUGGAGGCACGAAAUGAGGUAGCAGCCCUUGCAAUGGAAGAUAUGAUAGCUUGGAUGCAAGAAGGUGGCCAGGUGGGGAUAUUCGAUGCAACAAACAGUACAAGGAACAGAAGGAAUAUGCUUAUGAAAAUGGCCGAAGGAAAGUGCAAGAUUAUUUUCCUGGAAACCCUCUGCAAUGAUCGAAAAAUAAUUGAAAGAAAUAUACGCCUCAAAGUUCAACAAAGCCCGGACUAUGCUGAGGAGACAGAUUUUGAAGCUGGAUAUAGAGACUUCAAAAGUCGACUAGAUAAUUAUGAGAAAGUGUAUGAGCCAGUAGAGGAAGGAUCUUAUAUAAAAAUGAUUGACAUGGUCAGUGGCAACGGUGGGCAAAUACAAGUCAACAAUAUCAGUGGCUAUCUUCCAGGGCGAAUUGUGUUCUUCUUGGUAAAUACACAUCUGACACCCCGUCCAAUAUUGCUAACGAGGCAUGGAGAGAGCCUAGACAAUGUAAGAGGCAGAAUUGGGGGUGACACUGUUAUAAGUGAGACUGGGAAGCUUUACUCAAAGAAACUUGCUAAUUUUGUUGAAAAGCGACUUAAAAAUGAGAGGGCUGCAUCGAUAUGGACCAGCACAUUGCAGAGAACAAUAUUAACAGCAAGCCCAAUUGCUGGAUUCCCCAAGAUACAAUGGCGUGCCCUUGAUGAAAUAAAUGCUGGUGUAUGUGAUGGAAUGACAUAUGAAGAAAUAAAGAAGAAUAUGCCUGAAGAAUAUGAAUCACGCAAAAAGGACAAACUGAGGUAUCGAUAUCCUCGAGGGGAAUCUUAUCUGGAUGUUAUCCAAAGGUUAGAGCCUGUGAUUAUUGAGCUUGAACGACAACGAGCACCCGUUGUUGUGAUAUCUCACCAGGCGGUAUUGAGAGCUUUAUAUGCUUAUUUUGCUGAUAGGCCACUAAAAGAAAUUCCACACAUAGAGAUGCCCCUUCACACAAUAAUAGAGAUACAAAUGGGAGUGACUGGCGUCCAAGAGAAAAGAUACAAACUAAUGUGAUUAAUCCAUUGGAAGGAGACUUACUUUUCUAAUAUUCUGCAGCAACACUCCAUUCUUCCCUUCCAUUUUCCGUUUUUAAUUUAUCAAGUGUAACAUAAAUUUCAUACAUAUACAUAUAAUGAAUUGAACAUUUUUAGUCUGCAA